GUCGGCUUGUCAAAAUUUCCCAAAUUCAAAGCGAUUUUCUUAUAUAGGUAUUAUUUUUAGAUUUUAAAGCAUUUAUUAAGGUUUUGUAAUUGUUUUAAGCAAUGGAACCUUACGAUGUGAUUGUUAACCAGCCAGUGGUCAUUGAUAAUGGAUCUGGUAUCAUUAAAGCUGGUUUUGCUGGUGAACAAGUUCCAAAAUGCAUUUUUCCAAACUAUAUGGGACGACCAAAACAUGUUCGAAUAAUGGCUGGAGCUUUAGAAGGAGAUCUUUUUGUGGGACCAAAAGCAGAAGAUCAUAGAGGACUUUUAAGUAUAAGAUAUCCUAUGGAGAAUGGAAUCGUUAAUGAUUGGAAUGAUAUGGAAAGAAUUUGGACACAUAUUUACAGCAAAGACGAGCUUUCAUCUUUUUCCGAAGAACAUCCUGUUCUGCUAACAGAAGCACCACUUAAUCCUCGAAAGAAUCGUGAAAAAGCUGCCGAAAUUUUCUUCGAAACAUUCAACGUUCCAGCUUUGUUUGUCUCAAUGCAAGCUGUGUUAAGUUUAUAUGCAACGGGUCGUGUAACUGGAGUGGUACUUGAUGCCGGUGACGGUGUUACGCAUGCAGUGCCAAUCUAUGAAGGUUUUGCAAUGCCUCAUAGUAUCAUGAGGAUUGAUAUUGCAGGACGUGAUGUUACCCGCUAUCUCAAAGCCUUGAUCCGAAAAGAAGGCUUCAAUUUCCGUACAACAGCUGAAUUCGAAAUCGUGAGAAUGAUCAAAGAGAAGGUUUGCUACUUGGCAAGCAAUCUUCAAAAGGAAGAAAGUGUCGACACAGAUAAAGUUGCUUAUGUUUUACCUGAUGGAAAUACACUCGAGAUCGGACAAGCUCGAUUCCGUGCACCAGAAGUGCUCUUUAGACCCGACCUCAUUGGUGAAGAAUGUGAAGGCAUUCAUGAAGUUUUAAUGUACUCAAUUCAAAAGUCCGACAUGGAUCUACGAAAGAUGCUCUAUCAGAAUAUAGUUCUUUCAGGAGGUUCAACACUUUUUAAAGGUUUUGGUGAUCGUUUGCUUCAGGAGAUCAAGAAAAAUGUUGCAAAAGACAUGAAAAUUCGAAUUGCAGCACCACAAGAACGUCUCUAUUCAACAUGGAUGGGUGGAUCUAUUCUUGCAUCUCUCGAUACAUUCAAGAAAAUGUGGAUAUCAAAACGAGAAUUCGACGAAGAAGGUCAACGUGCUGUUCAUCGAAAGACAUUUUAGAAAUUUUUCUCAUUCUUUUAAUUGAAGAAAUAAAUCAUUUUUACAUUAAUCAUAAAAGAAAAGUUGGAAAGAAAGUUGCGUUAAGUAUUGAAAGAGAGAAGAAAAAUCUCAGCGCAAAAGAAAAUCUUAAUCGUUGCUUGUUCGUGGCUUUUCUUGUUUCCCUAAAAUUCCUUCGAAUAAAUCGAAAUCUUCUUUAAGUUCUCCAAAAGAAACUUUUUCCUUUUGUAGCUUCAUAUUUUUUGUUUCUUUCAUUUUUUAAAUAAAGUGAGACAAAUAAAUCCCAGUUGAGAUUCCAUUGCUACUUACUUAAAAUAAUUUAAUUGAAGUUGUGCAACAUUGAUUGGAUAUUAUCUAAGAAAAUAACAUCAUUAAACAUAAUUUAUUAUUUUUUUUUUAUAUCAAAUAAUGAUCGAAACUCUUUUAUAGGCUGAGAAUUAAAAAAGAAUAAAAAAUUGCAGCUGAUAUCGCUUGAAACAAAGAAAUGUUUGACGACUUUUAUUCAACAUUUUUGGAACAUUCGCCAUGGAUUGGAAAUAUUCUUCGGAAGAAUGCUGUAAAUAUUUCCAAUUCUUUUGAUUUUUGGUCUUCUGAAAGUUCCAAUUCUCCCAGAAUCAUAUUUCGAAUCAUGUUGUCGAAGAAACGUAUUUCUUUAAAUUUUUCUAAGGUGCACUUAUGAAUUGGAACUUUUGGAUUGAAUUCUGACAACAUUGAUUUCCUUUCAUCUUCUAUUUCAGCAUCACAAUCAACUUCACUUAUAUCAAGAUUUUUUGGAUUUAGAAUCACAUGAUACUCGCUUGUAUUAAUCAGAUUAUGAUCGACGACAUAAGCAAUAACUGCGUU